AUGGCUCGGCACGGCACGGAACCUCUUGCGAGGUUUGACAAAGACGUGUGUAGAUAUACACUUGUUUACAAGCGAGAGUUAAAAUUAUUCACAGGGGGGCGCGCGAGAUAG